AUGCGUCUGCGUGCGUCCACGGAAGUGACGCGCACCGGGGCUGCUGCUGCUUCUGGUGCAUCGGCGACGACAACGUCGACGCCGCCCACGGCUGCUGUCGCCAGCGAUGAUGUCGUUCCCGAGCAACACCAAUGGCAGCAGCAGCGCCACCUUCUUCGUUGCUUCGCCUUGGCAGACCUCCUUGGCGUGUCACCGACCGUGAUGCAGCAGCUGGCGAACGCCGCGGCAACACCGUCUAGCUCGCUGCACCACGCACUCAACACUUCGCGCGCCAGCUCUCACUGCUCCACCGAGAGCGACCCCGUGAUGCAGGCGUGUCAGCUGGAGCAGAUCCUCGUGGCAGCCGUUCUGAAGCGACUUUCCGAUCGCUGCUGCGACGCCGGCAAGAGCAUCGAGGAUAUGAGCAGCGUAGAUGCAGUGCAGCCGGCGGCUUCCUCGGUCUCGACGACGCCGCGGCAGCCGGCGCGAACGCGGCAGCCCUUGUCCUUGACGGCACUUCCGUGGUCGGCAGCACUGUCUGAGCCACGGAAUGCCUGUACGUCUCCGCGGCAAUCUGAUGAGGGGUUGUUGCUGCCGUCAGUGCUGAGCUCCCCGAAGGGGGUGGCCCGCGUGGACGCCUUGCACGCGUCUUUCCUUCCGUUACUGCUUGUCGCUCUACUGCAGCGCGUGAGUGAGGGAAGCGGCGGCGACACGCACGUCACAGACGUCACGGUGCCGAGGAAAAAAGCCGACACCAACGCGACCGCGUCGAAUACAUCAGCGGCCGUCUUAUCGCUGCGGCAGAGGCGACGUUGUCGUGCCGCGCUUCAUCAACUGCUGCCACUCUACAUGCCUCUGCUCCUGCAGCGACGGCGCACCGCCUGUGCUGUGGUGAUCUCCGUUGUGGAGGCGCUACAGGAAUGCCCGUGUCGUCGUCCCGAUGACGGCGAGAGCACCACCGAGGAGGAAGAAUGCCAAAAGCGUAUUCAUCGUCUAGUGCAUCAAGGUCUGUGCUGCAGCGAGGUCAAGCGAUGGCUGCACACAGCUCGUCUCUUGUCGGACACACUCGUUUCGUGUCUCUCCCACGUGAGUCGACGUGCCAGCACAGCAGCAGCGGCAGCGGCAGCGGCAGCGGCACCGCCAUCAGGCGCCGGCGUGGUGGACGAGGAAGAUUCGAUGGAGGCGCGGUGGACGCUGGAGAUGACGGGAGUGUGGCUGAGUGUGGCAGGGAGGCCCCGCCAAGGUGGCGCGCCGGUGGCGGCGGGGCAGCGUCCGUCAGAUCUUUGGUGGUGGGAAGCGGGUAUGAGCGGCUCGGGCGGCGCCGUGCAGCCGGAGCCUGGCGGCAGCACCCCUGCAAGUGCUGGUACCACAAGGAACCGACAAGACUGCGCGCCGCUCACCACCGCGGAGGUGCUCGCGCUUGCAGAAGUCAUGUGUGCCAUAGGCGAGGAGACGUGUGACGACAUCUGGCCCCAGGAGGGCGGCCAUUCUGGCGAACCGCCGCAGCUGCCACCGUCGAGCUGUGCAGUUGUUGGUGGAGGCACAGUGGCGAUGCUACGUGAUGUGAUGGCAUUCUUUCUCGCUCGGCACCGCGACAGCCGCGUGUUUGGUCCUCCCCGCGCCCCUUCGACUUCCGAGGUGACGGCGACUGAGCCUCAACACCGCUACGAGCUCCUCCUCGCUGAGCGUCUUGAGAUGGCGCACCGCCACCAGCACCGCCUGCUCGCCGCAGCGGAGCGCGCUAUCCACCGAGUCCUGCGACAGCAGCACCGACAGGACCUCAGCAUCCUCUGGCAAUCACCAGAGAUGAUCUUGGCGCUGUGCAGUGUGACCGCCUAUCAGCUGCGCACCCAGCUGCAUCGACGCGAGCAGCGCAUGGCUGAGCUUUGCACCGCGACCACGGCGACGGCGACGGCGGCCAUGUUCGCGUCGCCGCACAUGAAUAUCGGCUCGCUUCCUCCCUCCGGCAGGGUGGCAGCCGCGGAUCCGACGAGACGCAACAGCAGCGAUGAGGCUGACAGAGAGUCUCGACGUGACCGACACUCGUCUAGUGGCGCCCCCUCUGCCACUGCUGCCGCGAAACCCGUGCACCUAGGGGAAUCACUUUGGUCAGAGGAAGAUGACGAUGACACUGCGGCACCGCAUGAGAAGAGCCAAGGGGAGUGGCAUGCUCGAUCCCUCGAUGAGGAUACUAGACUAUCGGCACAUGCAGCGCUGCUAUCCUCUACAGCCGGCCCCGCCACCACAACAUCCGCAGCAGCGGCAGGAGGCACAACGAUUUCCACCCCGUCACCCCCGCCGCCGCGGCCCCCAAUGUCAUCAGCUCCGUCUUCUGUGCAUGCGCCCGCACCUCUUCGCUACACACCGCGCACAAGCAGCUUGCACCACGGGUCUCGCGUCUAUGGAACGCUGCCCGCGAUGCAUGCAAGCGGGGAUGCGUCAGCGGCAGCUGCCGAGGACGCCGGAGAUGGUGAGCGGCUCACGCGCGCCAGCAACGACUACUACGCGCCUGCUCGGUCGAUGGAGCACCUAUGGGAGCUACCGGCGCGCGUGCCGCGGGAUUGGACGCCAGCGCUGGCCACUCUGAUGGCGUGUUGCGUGCUGUGUCUCAGCUCAUCUUCGACAACGGCGGCGGCGUCACGGCUCGCGGUGCUGCUUGGUGAGGCGCUGCUGAGUCGUCAUGCCGCGGAGGCGGAGUUUGCGCACAGCACCGGCGCUACUGCUCUUAGUGGCUCACCCUCUGAGCCGUUGGCAAGGCAAGUCGCCAGUCCGCGACCAAGCCUCCCUGACUUCGGCUUCAGCAAGCGCCACGAGGCGCCAGCGGCGACGGCAGCCGGUGUAAGUGUGCGCAGCAGCGUGUGCAGUAGCAGCGCCACCAACAGUAUCGCUGGCGUGUCCAUGGCAAUGGAUAGCACCGACAGUGGCGAGGAGUCAGCUAGCUCCGUGGUAGCCGUGGGGGCACUGGCGCAGUGGCACCUGCGAGGGCUGAUCCGGCAGUUGCGCCUCCCAGUCAACGGGCGAGUGCUGCCAAGCAGCGAGCAGGCCGACAAAGACCGUCUUCGAGGCCGCCACACAAAAGUGUCGAGGACACGUUCUGCUGCCCCGUCAUCCUCGUUGGCUCUUCUUAGCAACGCCGUCCAUCGCACCUCCGCAACGCCCAGCUCGGUGGGUGCGGUGGUGGCAGGAGGCGCCUCGUGGUUCACGCUGUACAACCAGACUACUCGCGCCCGUGAUCGUGCGCUGGAUGUGGCGCUGCGCUCGAAUCGCCGCUGCGUGAAUGCCGCCGCAUCGCCCUCCUUGCCGCCGGCAGAUGGUGUCCUGCGCCGGCUCGAUCCCGUGUCCCUUCUCGCCAGCUGCUUCGCCCUGAUGCACCUGCUGCAGACGCAGCCGCGCUUCUUCCAGAUGGCGAUGUUGAGUGGACGCACGAUGCAGGAGUUGCGACUCGGCGUGGUGGAGGCUCGCUGGGGCGGCGAGCCGGGGUGUGCAGCACAGAUGCUGCAGCGUCAUGGCUCGGCGACGAGCACUGUGACGGUGUCCGUCAGCAGCGUAUCGAGAGUCCUUAUGGACGGUACAGCUGAUGGACACGCCGACCCGCGCGCUGGGGGCGCCGGUGCGUCUUGGCGUCGCCAGGACACCUUGUCCUUUGCCCGCGGUCGCUCACUAUGGGAUCGCACCGGCGCAGGUGCACCAGAAGCGGCACCGGACAGACCGCUGAGAAUGGGCGCGAGCGAUGACGAUGCUGAUGCACCGGUGCCGGCUGUGGCAGCCGAUGCAUACAGCAGCGUGGACGACUUCUUCGAUGAAGCAGCGGCCGCAGCCACGUGUCACCUUACCGAGGCACUUCUGGUUGUCGUUUCCUACGUUGGCUGCCGAGCCCUUGCAGCGGCGUUGGCGCAGUUCGCAGCUCCAGACCUCGACAGCGUGGAGGUGGUGGACGCGAGUGUCAUCUCGUGUGGGGGCGGUGGCAUCGCGGCUGCUGUCGCCGCCUCUGCCCCUCCCCGAGACCUUUGGUGCGAUGCUCUGCAGGCGAUCACGGGGCUGUUGCUGGAGGCGCAUCGAGCACAAAGGGGGGCUACCGCCACCAGCCGUGUUCGUGCCGUGGCAGCGGCAGCGGCAGCAUCAAGGAGUAGCGUUGACCACCACGACAGCACGCGCACCCGCAGCCACGGCGUCCUGUCGUCUGCCAGUCGCUCGGUGGACAGGGCAGGCACGCUGGCGUCAACAACCACGGCAGCCGGGGCACUCCUCCCAGCCUCCCGCGCAUCCGCAAGUGCGUCCGUGCCGCCGCAGCCGAACGGCACUCGGCAAGCAUUCAGCUUGGGCUCUGUCCCGACGGCGACUUAUUUUCAUGCCGCUCGUCUCGUCGGUGAUGCCGGACGCGGCCACCACGCUGCCGCCUCCCCUCCCAUCGCGAUCACCACCACACACCCGAUACCAGCACCGCUGUCAACGGAAGCACAAUUUGGGAUCGGUGCAUUCUUCAUUGCCCUCGUGCGAGCGCUGUUGCAGCUACAUGCGUCGUCGUCGUCGGCGGCAGCGGCUGCGGCGAGCUCCGUCGGAGGUCUGCCCGACCACCACCAGCAGCAGCAUCGGCCACAGUCACUACUGUGCGUUGUCCAGUGCCUCUACGCGGUCGCCAGCGUCAUUGAUGACGUGCUGCACGACUACUUCAACCCUCCACCUGCCGUGCUGUGUGACGUGCUCGCGAUUAUGUUGGUGAUACAGCCGCUGCAGCAGCCAUCAGAGACGGUGCAGGAGGCGAGUGCCACAGUGCCGCUGCCGCCAGUUAGCGACACGCUUACAGCGUGGGAGGCGCUGCGCCUAACGCCGUUCUGGGACGGUGCCCUGCUCGGUCCUUUAGAGGCUGCAAGUCGCGUGUGGGCGGGCUGUGAGGAGUGCAGCGCUGCCGCAUCAUCUGAUAACGGCGAGGAGCGCCGGAGUCGUGAUCUUCAGCGCGGCCGCCCCCCUCGCUCGACCGCCAGCCUAUGUGAGUCACCAUCGGCGUGGCACAUCCCCUCACGACCCCAGUCCUCACGCCCGCCGUGGCAGAGCCUCCUCGGGUACCUCCCGUGCUCCCGAGACCCGUUUUCCACGUCAUGGUUGCCAGCAGCGUUUCGCGGGUCAUCACACUCUAGCACCAGCGGGACACUGCUUGCCCUGCUAGCGAAGGAGGACGAUCUUCUCUUGGCAGACCCGCCGACAACAACGGCUGCGAGCACGGCGGACGAGGUACGUCAGCUGAGCGUUUCCAUCGUGGCGUCCGCGCGGUACACGGAGUGGAUGGAAGCAUUGUGCGAAGCGUGGCAAGCGUGA